ACUGCUAGGCGCGCGCCGGGUGGCCUGGUGCCCCGCGGUGCCCGGGGCAGGAGCCAGGGGAGAGGAGAAAGGACCUCGUCGUCCGCCUUGGCCGGCGGCACUUCUGGCCCGCGGCUGCUCCAGGACCACCCAGGACCCCGGGCGCCCAGGGAGCAAUCUGGAAGGAUCUUAGAACAACAAGGGUAGAGUGCGGCUCGCCGCCCCCCCCCCCCCCCCGCCCCGCCCCACCGCCCGGGCUGACUACGCGGCAGACCCGUCCUCUCCCGAAAGCUCGGAGCCGCGGCGGAGGGCGGACGGCAAGAUUCAAACCCGCCUAUGAGCCGUGGGAGGCGCGGGUGGGUGGUGGCUGCAAGGGCAGGACGCGUUUUAAGGCACGAACCGCCUCUCUGGUUCCUCCCGACCACUGGGUUUAUUUUGCUUUUGCAGGGGAAGCAGAUGUUGACCUCUCUCCGUCUUUGCUCGGCCCAGACUCGGCGAAGUGAUGCCCCAACCAUUUGCUUCCCUGCGCCACCCCCCACCGGUGCGCUAUCCCGGGAGUCAGCCUCCCAGGCCUUUAAACCUUCUGGAAUGUCACACAUGGAAACCUUUAGCAAAUGUUUGUUAAUGAUCAUAACAAAGGCAUCAUUCAAAUUAGGCAGGUAAUUACUACCAGAAGGACAACUGGGUGCUUUGCUCACUUGCUCAUGCGUUCUCCAUGCUUCAAACUCGCGAGGAGUUACGACCCGAAGACACUCCCGCCCAGCCUGCUCUUCGGGCUCCUUGAAGCAUCUCUGAAAUGAGCUGUGAAGUUACCAUUUGUGGGCGGGGAGCCCUGUGUUCAGGAGACCCCGACGCGACCGGGCGGGCCCUUUCGCAGAGCCUAACGGGCCUUCCCGGGCAGCCUCCCUACUUUGUCUCCUAUUCAUUUGGGUAGUCUCUAUAAAAACUUCGACUUCACUUGUUUUUAUUAAUGAGAUGAAAGCCAGCACCCGCCUUGUCCAUUAUUCCGCACUGUGAUUUUUUUGGGGGUCGUGCGUCCCGGUUCAUUAUCUACAAACAUUACGGUAUCCUGUUAGCAUUCCGAACAAGGGGCCGUUCAUAUAUUUGCCUUCAAUGAUUUCCUGAAGGAACAUGUGGAAGUAAUAGUGAGCAGUGCAGUCGCCCGAACUGAAGAUGCACGAGAGGCGGGCGCGCAGAAGAGCUGGGGGAAUGGGGCCCCUAGCGCAGCCCCAGGCGUCUUCCCGAGCCUGACACCCCAGGACCCCAUCCCAGUUAAGCGCGAGAUCCCUCGGAGCCCUUUUCUGGGACCCUUUCCUGCCGGCUGUUCCCUGUCCACCUUCCCGAUGAAGGAGGUGAUGGCUGUCCGACGUUCCAGGCUCAAGCUGGCCGCCCUAGCCGCUCCGAGAGUGUAGGUGGAGUGGGCGUGGGGAUAAAAAACGACCCCCUCAAUCCUACGGGAGAAUUCAAAAUUAGAGAAGGCGGGGAAGGUGAGCGCGCUCCCCUCCCCCCUCCGUCACUUGGAAGCCCCACUCGGCCCGGUCUGGUUCCUGGAGCGUCAGCGCCCCCUUUCCUUCGCGAGCAGAAUCGUUCUCUCCCAGUACCAUCUCUUGCCUCGCGCCUUGGGCACAGGAUUUGAGGCCCCGCUCAACCCCAGGGCGGCAGUAAGUUCAGCCCAAAGCGGCAGGAGGGAACCCGCGGAGGUGAACCUUCCCUGAACGCGGAGGUGGCAGGUUUUUUGCAAGUGAUUCCUCGAACCGCCAAGCCCGAGCCUUUUUGUGUGCGUGAUAGAAGCCAGGGCAACCUCGCCUAGAUAACCCCCAAAACAAAGGCACGACAAGAUAAGUGCUUCCGCGGGAGUAAAGGUCGUUCUGUCGGAGAAAGUUCCAAACCUACGCAGACCCUCGAUUGUUUGUACCUUCUUUCAAACCCGUUUUCAAAGCAAAGCAAAACAAAAACAAAGACCAUCAUCUUCAUAUUGGACUCCACAGUUUGCCUGCAUCCCAUUUAAGGACUGGCAGCUACCCGGCAUUUGCCCUAAAAGACCCCAGGUUGUAAGGACGCCACCGCUGGGAGACCUCUCUCGACAGCCCCCCCUAUGCAGUUGGGCUAGGAAUUUCUACAGAAGGCACAUUCUCCAUUCCAGAUGUAUACUCUUUCUGGGCAUUAACUGCAAUUUCACGAGUUCUUUUUUUCUCUUUCAAAGAGAAUGCAAAGCAGUGUAGCAACAUAGGAAAAUAUCCCCCUAAGUCAGGAGGCAAACUCAUUCUGGAAUUGAUGGGCAGUUUGUAUUUUCACGAACCUCUUUCCCGGCAGAACAUCAACACCUCCCCCUUCCACCACCCCCACCCCAUCUGGUCUGCCUCUCUCCGCCCCCCAGUUGUUGUCGAAGUCUGGGGGUUGGGGCUGGACCCCCUGAUUGCGUAAGAGCAAAAGAGCGAAGGCGCAAUCUGGCUGCGUGGAGAGUCAGAGCGCACGGAGUUCGAGAGAAACUUUUAUUUUGAAGAGUCCAAAGAAGGGGGGGGGGCGCUUCAUUUCCUGACAGCUAUUUACUUAGAGCAAAUGAUUAGUUUUAGAAGGAUGGACUAUAACAUUGAAUCAAUUACAAAACGCGGUUUUUGAGCCCAUUACAGUUGGAGCUAGAGGGAGAAAAACAGGAGGGGACUACGGGAGAGGACUGCAAGCCGUGGACAUACUUUUUACUCCAUAUGUAGGAUUUUUCAUUACGCAUUGACAUAGGAGGAGAAGUUUUCCAGAAUUAUGGGGACUUCCCACCUGGCGCUCCUGGUGUUAGUCUGUCUCCUCACAGGACCGAGCCUAAUCUCCUGCCAGCUUUCAUUACCCUCUAUCCUUCCAAACGAAAAUGAAAAGGUCGUGCAGCUGAAUUCUUCCUUUUCUCUGCGAUGCUUUGGGGAGAGUGAAGUGAGCUGGCAGUACCCCAUGUCUGAAGAAGAGAACCCCAAUGUGGAAGUCAGAAAUGAAGAAAACAACAGUGGCCUUUUUGUGACGGUGCUGGAAGUGGUCAAUGCGUCGGCGGCCCACACGGGACUGUACACUUGCUAUUACAACCACACUCAGACGGACGAAAACGAGAUCGAAGGCAGGCGCAUUUACAUCUAUGUCCCAGACCCAGACGUAGCCUUCGUACCUCUAGGAAUGACAGAUUAUUUAGUUAUCGUGGAGGACGAUGACUCUGCCAUCAUACCUUGUCGCACAACUGAUCCCAAGACUCCGGUUACCUUACGCAGCAGUGACGGGGUGGUACACGCCUCCUAUGACAGCAGACAGGGCUUUAAUGGGACCUUCAGCGUCGGGCCCUAUAUCUGCGAAGCCACAGUCAGCGGGAAGAAGUUCCAGACCAUCCCAUUUAAUGUUUAUGCUUUAAAAGCAACAUCAGAACUUGAUCUAGAAAUGGAAGCUCUCAAAACUGUCUAUAAGUCAGGGGAGACGAUUGUGGUCACCUGCGCCGUCUUUAACAACGAGGUGGUUGACCUUCAGUGGACUUACCCUGGAGAAGUGAAAGGCAAAGGCAUCACGAUGCUGGAGGAGAUCAAGGUCCCGUCCAUCAAACUGGUUUACACUCUGACGGUCCCCGAGGCCACGGUGAAGGAUAGUGGAGAUUAUGAAUGUGCUGCCCGCCAGGCCACCAAGGAGGUCAAAGAGAUGAAGAAAGUCACCAUUUCCGUCCAUGAGAAAGGGUUCAUUGAAAUCAAACCCAACUUCAGCCCGUUGGAGGCUGUCGACCUGCAUGAAGUCAAACAUUUCGUGGUGGACGUGCAGGCCUACCCCCCUCCCAGGAUAUCCUGGCUGAAGGACAACCUGACUCUGAUUGAAAAUCUCACGGAGAUCACCACCGACAUAGAAAAGAUUCAGGAAAUAAGGUAUCGAAGCAAAUUAAAGCUGAUCCGUGCGAAGGAAGAAGACAGUGGCCAUUACACUAUUGUCGUCCAAAAUGAAGACGACGUGAAGAGCUAUACUUUCGAACUCCUAACGCAAGUUCCCUCGUCUAUUCUGGACUUGGUCGACGACCACCAUGGCUCCACCGGGGGACAGACUGUGAGAUGCACAGCAGAAGGGACACCUCUUCCCGAUAUCGAGUGGAUGAUUUGCAAGGAUAUUAAGAAAUGUAAUAACGAAACUUCAUGGACGGUUUUGGCGAACAACAUCUCGAACAUCAUCACGGAGGUCCACCGCCGGGACAGGAGUACUGUGGAGGGCCGAGUGACGUUCACCAGAGUGGAGGAGACCAUCGCCGUUCGAUGCCUGGCCAAGAAUCUUCUUGGAGCCGAGAACCGAGAGCUGAAGCUGGUGGCUCCCACGCUGCGUUCUGAACUCACAGUGGCGGCUGCAGUCCUGGUCCUGCUGGUGAUUGUGAUCAUCUCCCUCAUUGUCCUGGUUGUCAUUUGGAAACAGAAACCGAGGUAUGAAAUUCGUUGGAGGGUCAUUGAAUCGAUCAGCCCCGAUGGACAUGAAUAUAUUUACGUGGACCCGAUGCAGCUGCCUUAUGACUCUAGAUGGGAGUUUCCAAGAGAUGGACUAGUGCUUGGUCGUAUCCUGGGAUCUGGUGCGUUCGGGAAAGUGGUCGAAGGAACUGCCUAUGGAUUGAGCCGGUCCCAGCCUGUCAUGAAAGUAGCAGUAAAGAUGCUAAAACCCACAGCCAGAUCCAGUGAAAAACAAGCUCUCAUGUCGGAACUGAAGAUAAUGACUCACCUGGGGCCCCAUUUAAACAUUGUGAACUUGCUGGGGGCCUGCACCAAGUCGGGCCCUAUUUACAUCAUCACGGAGUACUGCUUCUAUGGGGAUUUGGUCAACUAUUUGCAUAAGAAUAGGGACAGCUUCCUGAGCCGACACCCAGAGAAGCCAAAGAAAGAGUUGGACAUUUUUGGGCUGAACCCUGCUGAUGAAAGCACACGGAGUUACGUUAUUUUAUCUUUUGAAAACAAUGGUGACUACAUGGACAUGAAGCAAGCUGAUACCACACAGUACGUCCCCAUGCUGGAAAGGAAAGAGGUUUCUAAAUACUCGGACAUCCAGAGAUCGCUGUAUGAUCGCCCGGCCUCGUAUAAGAAGAAAUCUACGUCAGACUCGGAAGUCAAAAACCUCCUUUCGGACGAUAACUCAGAAGGCCUGACUCUGCUGGAUUUGUUGAGCUUUACCUAUCAAGUGGCGCGAGGGAUGGAAUUUUUGGCUUCCAAAAAUUGUGUCCACCGGGACCUGGCUGCUCGCAACGUCCUCCUGGCGCAAGGGAAAAUCGUGAAGAUCUGUGACUUCGGCCUGGCCAGGGACAUCAUGCACGAUUCAAACUACGUGUCCAAAGGCAGCACCUUUCUCCCCGUGAAGUGGAUGGCUCCUGAGAGCAUCUUCGACAACCUCUACACCACGCUGAGUGACGUCUGGUCUUACGGCAUUCUGCUCUGGGAGAUCUUUUCCCUUGGGGGCACCCCGUACCCUGGCAUGAUGGUGGAUUCCACUUUCUACAACAAGAUCAAGAACGGGUACCGGAUGGCCAAGCCUGACCACGCCACCAGCGAAGUCUAUGAAAUCAUGGUCAAGUGCUGGCACAGUGAGCCGGAGAAGAGACCCUCCUUUUACCACCUGAGUGAGAUUGUGGAGAAUCUGUUGCCGGGACAAUAUAAGAAGAGCUACGAAAAGAUUCACCUGGACUUCUUGAAGAGCGACCACCCUGCCGUGGCGCGCAUGCGCGUGGACUCGGACAACGCCUACAUCGGCGUCACCUACAAACACGAGGAAGACAAGCUGAAGGACUGGGAAGGCAGCCUGGACGAGCAGAGGCUGAGUGCAGACAGCGGCUACAUCAUCCCUCUGCCCGACAUCGACCCUGUUCCUGAGGAGGAGGACCUGGGCAAGAGGAACAGACACAGCUCGCAGACCUCAGAAGAGAGCGCCAUUGAGACAGGUUCCAGCAGCUCUACUUUCGUCAAGAGAGAGGAUGAAACCAUCGAGGACAUCGACAUGAUGGAUGACAUUGGCAUAGACUCCUCAGACCUGGUAGAGGACAGCUUCCUGUGACUGGCAGAUUCAGGGGGUACCUUCCACUCUUGGAGCCACCUUGGAUCCCUUUAAGAAAACCACUUUAUUGCAAUGCAAAGUUGGGGAGGAGGACUUGGACGAUGUGUAAAGAGAAGUUCCCAGCCAAGGGCCUCAGGGAGCCUUCUAAAUAUGGAUGAAUGGGAUAUUUCGGAAUGAACUUUCUUAGCGUUGCCCUUGCAAUGCUUUAGUAGCAUCUCAGCGGUGUGUGAAGUUUGGAGAUAGAUGGACAAAGAAAUAAUAGGCCACGGAAGGUGAACUUUGUGUUUCAAGGGCAUUGGUGAGAGUCCAACAUACACGAUUUUUAUUUACGAGAAAACUCCAGCAUUGUAAUUAUGUAAAUAACUCUAACUGAGGGUGUGUUUAGAUUUCUAUUAACUGCUCUGGACUUCUGAAGAGACCACUCAACCCACCCAUGUACUUCCUGCUUGAAACCUGGUAUCAGUUGCCGUUGAACUUUCCUGGGAAGUACAUGCAAAACCACUUUUGAACCUUAAAAGGUACUGGUACUAUAGCAUCUUACUUUUUUUUUUUUUUUUUCUUUUUUUUAGUGUUAAAGAGAUAAAGAAUAAUAAUUAACCGAUCUUGUUUACUAGAUUUGGGUCAUUUAGAAGCCCAGACACUCAUUUUCCUAUUGUAACCUACUGUUAUUCAGUAAUGCUACAUGUGUAAUGUGUAACACGUUUUCCCUACAGAGAAAGCACAGUUUAAAAAAAAAAAAAAAGAUUCUUACUAAGUAGGUGACAAGUUCGACAGUUUGUGACAUUUGUAUCAAAUAACCGAUGUUUCUCUAUAAAAUAUGGUAAUAGCUUUAGUGGAUUAAAUGUAGUUGAACAUAGAGAACAGUAAAAGUAGCGUCUUCCAGAAAGUCAGUGUUUUUAACUGUGUGCCGAAUAGGUUCCCUAAUCCGUUGUACUAAAAACAAUGAACUGCCCUCUGAAGUAAUGGGAUUUGAAAGAAACAAAACCCCGAAAUCCUAAAUGUUCGCAAUCUAAAGGCAUAAGCCCAUGCCUAACAUGACUUGUCAUGUUACUACCCAGUGGAAAAUACAAUCAUCAGUAAAAAAGACUGGAUUUGCAGAGGUCGUUUUCAUGCUUGGUGAUAACGUUGGUGGAUCCCCAAAUCUGUGUUUUUAAAAUUUUACAAACCCUAGAAGGGUCAGAAGGAUGCCUGGAAUAUCAGCCCCCUUUCUUUCACCUCAUACCCCAAAGAGAAAUAGUUUGAAACUGUGAGAACAUAAAGGCAUUAUUUAAUGAAUACUGCAUGUGCAUUAGCCUGGAUCCUUGGUUCCCAAAUGGGAUCGCAACUGGGAACACCAGAUUCUAGGUCCCCACCCCAGAUCUUCUGAAUUAUUAAGUCUGGUCAGGAGUAGGAACCUGUCUUUUUAUAAACUCCCUGGCUGUUUUGGUUAGCCAGGUUUGGGCAACACCAGCUUAGGGUACAGGAAGUUGCCAUGGGACACAGAUAAUUUGAAAUUUGGAACUAGGCUGGAAGUCAGCCAUGCAGGAAGCCUACCAUUUAAGUCCUUGGCUUUGGGUCAGUGACGUUUAAUGCCAUAUAUGUGGCAAUUGCUGCCCUUAAUUUAACUUUCCAGUCUUAGCUGAGGCUGCAAAAGCAAAACCUUGGUUUAGCAGGUCUUUCCAAAAGUAAAGACAUUGCUCCCUACUGCAUGGGGGACCUGAACUUGCCACCCGCUCCCCCACCCCGCCCCAGCCCCCCAGAGGCAUGUACAAAAAUGAUGCGAUUCAGAGUGCCAGGUCUCUGUAUAACCAGGUUAAUAUUUUGGUGAAAACAAAAAAAAAAAAACUAAAAAGUUGUGCUGAAAUUUUGGGGUGACAUAGCAGGACACAUUGUCACCUCCAUCCAAACUGUCAGACGGAUUGGGGUGGGUUCAUUGGCAUCCUCUGCACUACUGCUUAAUUGCUGACACCAUACGAAUGAAACAUGGGCUGUGAUUGCCGCAAUCACCGUCCGUGCUCCUUGGAAGAGGUAGCAGCAGAAACAAGGUACUUGACUACCUAGUGGUAUGAUCUCAGUGCAAACCCCAACGUUCUUACCCACCUUUUUCAUACUAAGUGUGAAGACUGAGCCAGAUUGGCCAAUUAAAAAAGAAAAUCUGACUAGGUUCUGUAGAGCCAAUUAGACUUGAAAUACAUUUGUGUUUCUAGAAUCACAGCUCAAGCACUCUGUUUAUCGCUCACUCUCCCUUGUACAGCCUUCUCUUGUUGGUGCUUUGCAUUUUGAUGUUCCUUUGAAUUUUGUGUGACAUCAUGGGGCUGGAUGAAAAUUCUCAGACAAGCAGGUUCCAGUCCUAAUGAAUACUCCCACCUAAGUUUUUGUGUGACUGCAUCUUAUUUUUUUUUAACAGUAUUUUCAUUGUAUCACAGACUUGUUUCCUUUUUGGCCUCCUGCAAAAUCCCCAGAUGAAAAUUUGCCAAUCCUUCCUGCUUUCUGUUUUUAUGAAGACAAUCAAAGCUGGCCUGAGACACACAAUUUGUGACUUUUUUUUUUAAAUGAUCAAUGAUGUCCUUAAAAUGUGGUCUGCCAAUCUGUACAAACGGUCCUAUUUUUGUGAAGAGGGACGUGACAUAAAAUGAUGUUAUACAUCAAUAUGUAUAUAUGUAUUUCUUUAUAGACUUGGAGAAUACUGCCAAAACAUUUAUGACAAGCUGUAUCACUGCCUUUGUUUAUAUUUUUUUGACUGUGAUAUUCCCCACAGGCACAUUAACUGUUGCACUUUUGAAUGUCCAAAAUUUAUAUUUUAGAAAAAUAAAGAGAAAAAUACAUAAGUGUUUCCAAAACAGUGGUGUGGUGAAUGUUUGUGAAGUAACUCAAUAGGUAGGGUCUACUGAUAAAAAAUGUUAUUACAGAAUGCCCCGUUCGUGUUUUUGUUUUAAAACAUGUAAAUGAAGAUCUUUAUAUUUCAAUAAAUGAUAUAUAUAAUUUAAAGUUA